ACACAAAACGGUACAAUUGAGAGUACCUUGGGGAGUAUUUACACAUUAUUAUUAUUUACUCUUCUUCUACAUUGAAUUCGCCAUAGCCAUCAUCAUCAACAUUACGCUGCCAGUAUUUUCAUCGUCAUCGCCAUCGUCUUUCGUCCUCUACAAUUCAGCCAACCAAGCACAGAAUACGGUGGCGAACACAUACCUAACCUACACACACCGGGAGGAGCACCACACAACAUACAGAAACCAACAUGAUUAAUAGCAUUGAAAGUUUAAUCAACUCUUUGUUGAGGGACCUGCUAUUACGAGGUCCUAAUACUGAAAUUCGUAUAAAAAACAGCAGCAGAAAUAACAUGGUGACAGUUGGUGAACAGCAGGAUGAGAAUGACCACAGCGAUGACAAUGGCGGUGGUAAUCCAACUUACAGGUGUUCACAUAAUUUGCAAUCAGAUGUUUCGCCAAAUGACAAUGAUGAGGUGGUAGAGACGUUAAUCUAUGGCCGGCGAACUCAUCGACAACGUAUUGCCAUGAUUCUUUUUACAUUGGCUCAGACCCAUGAUCUGCUUCUGAAUCGACGCUGUUGCACAUAUCGCGAACUAUUGUACAAAAAUAACCAUAUGGCAAGCAAUAUGCUACAUAUAAACCGGGCAGUCCAAGAUGUUUGUUGUCUCUUGAAUCAGACUUCAUGGAAUCUGGGUAUAUUUAGCUCUGGCAAGGGUUUGAUAGCAGGUCCCUUGUUGAUUGUCAUGAGUAAUGGUGAUACCAUUGACUGCAACUGUUUAACCACACCCACAAUGAUACCCCCGAAUUUUACAUACAUAGAUCAUUUUCAAACUCAAGCCCAAAUUAUCGUUGUUGUCGAAAAGGAUACAAUAUUCAAAAAACUUUUGCAAAGUCCAUUGUUUUCGGUAAUGAAGGGGAAAGUUUUACUUAUCACUGCACGCGGCAAUCCAGAUUUAUCAACCCGUUGGCUUUUAAAUAAACUAUCAAGGGCACAUACACAUUUGGCCAUGUAUAUGUUGGCCGAUGGCGAUCCCUAUGGCAUAGAAAUUAUGCUAACCUAUCGUUAUGGUUCUCAAAAAUACAAACACCAAGCCAUGGAGUUGGCUUGUCCUCAUAUCAAAUGGUUAGGCAUACAUCCUUCGGAUAUAAGCCACAAUAUGCUACAUGUGCCUCAGCAGCCUCUAUCAGCGAAAGACUAUGCAAAAAUAGAAUCGAUAUUGAAACGCUGCUAUGUGAAAGAGGAAAUACGACGAGAAUUAAUUGUACUCAAGCAUCAUGGUUAUAAAGCCAAGCUGGACAAUAUGUCGGGGCAAACUUUUUCUUUUUUCGUAUAUGACUAUAUUGUUAACAAGAUUAAGAGACAAGUUGUUUUGUAAACCCAUAAUGUGUUUAAAAUAAAAUAAAGAAUUGUAAUUGCCAAUAUAACUUCUCAUUUUUCUUUCUAUUAUUU